UUUUAAUUAGAGUCAUAUUGGACGUCGCUUUAGUCUUCCUAAAUUUUUGUAGAUAGAUUUUUAAAUGUCGAAAAUACUGCAAUUAUUUUUCGGUUUUAUUAAAAAGCAUUAUUUCAAAAAACUACAUAUUUAUGUCUUCAAAUAUAAGGUACCGAACUACAGCCAGAGGUGCAGCGCUUUAUAAAAUAGAUACUAUUGAACGAGUGAAUGUUAGUUAUGCAAAGGAACAGCACCUCAAAUGGGUUGAUUGAAGCUUCGGCGAAGGUGUCAGUGAAAUCUAAAGAAUUAAUCCUUUCAAACGGUUCGCAUAAGAGAAAUUGGAUUACGAUUUCCUAGUGGUAUGGAGGCUUCGGUGCGCAAUCUUGAUCGAUGGAUGGACCUUCUUCCCAGCCAAAUACAAAGGAGAGUUCCAAUAAUAUAUCUUGCUAUACCAGGGUCACACAAUUCUAUGAGUUAUGCAAUUGGUCCCACAUCCACCGCUUCGUCCGAUGGAAAUGUCGUGGUUCAAGUGUGUAACAUUAUCAGAUCAGAUUACACCUAUCGGUGGUUCAAGGAUCAGGAGGACGAUGUACUGGGGCAACUGAAGGGUGGUGCUCGGUACUUUGAUCUCAGAAUUUGCCGAGUAAAAAUACCUCAAAAUUUAUGCGCUUUUUACUUCUGUCAUGGUUUUGUGUCCGUUGCCAUUCAAGACCCACUCUUGACAAUUGCAAGAUAUUUGCAGCACCAUACCAGGGAAUUAGUUAUCUUGGAUUUUCAACAUUUUUACGAUUUCGUUAGCGACGAUCAUUUGAUCUUACAACAAUAUUUGGACAGAAUUUUCGGUGACUUGAUUAUAGGACCGAAGGAUUCAAAACUUAGCGACUUAACUCUGCAGCGUGCAUAUAGCCUUCAAAAGCAAGUAAUAGUUAUUUAUCGUCAUAAAUGCUGCUGUGAACAUUUCUGGGAUGGUAAAUUUUGGCCGAAUCCCUGGGCAAAUACGACGGGCAUUAAUAAAUUACAGAAUUUCUUGGAUCAAUCAACGCGUGAUCGUCCAGCGAACUGUGGCUAUAUCACGCAGUGCAUUCUGACGCCUUCAUUUGAAUUUGUUGGAGAAAAUCUCGAUAAGUCUAUGGUUGAAAUAGCAGAAUAUGUCUACAAAUCGAUGAAACGCUGGAUAUCUCAUCAGUCACCAGGGGUUGCAAGGAGAACAUCGGCUUCCCCGAAAAUUAAUAUUGUCAUUGCCGACUUCAUAAAUUUGAAUAAAUUUAAAUUUUGCAGACAUAUUAUAAAAUUGAAUGAACGCUUAAUUAAAAGCAAAUAAAAUUU